AUGCAGUUCAAGUUCGCCUUCGUCUUCACUCUCCUUACGUCCACCCUCGCUGCGCCCUGCGCAGUCGACACCCGGGACUUGAGCAAGCGGGCUCUUUCAGCCCAAAGCUACUCCCAGUUCCAAGUAUCCAGCGGCGUUGGUGGUAACGCCCUGGCCGAAGUCAAGGCAAAGUUUCCUAUCGACGAAAACAACCUAGCCUCCGUCUCCGACGCCGACCUGGCCAUCAUCAAAGCCGCGCGCCAGACCGCCGAGAACGCCGAGACCAAGGCGGGCGGCUUCAACGAGGCCAUCAACGCUGCCGGCGGUACCAAGACCACGGCUGGCGCGGCCCUCCAGGUCGGCAAGAUUAAGAACAAGGUCCUCAAGCUCAAGCUCUUCACCCUCGCCCAGCAGAUCGAGCAGGCUAAGGGGGGCAAGGACAACUCGGCCAAAAUCGCCGAAGAGACCAAGAAGCUUAACAAGAACAUUGAGCUUGACAAGGCCGCUGGUGGAAAGAAGAGCACUAGCGUUAACUUCCAGGGUACUAGCGAGCCUUGA